AUCGUUUUCUCAGACACAAAAUUCAGAUACAAAAAUGGAACAUCACACCACCACCACCCGAGCCGAAGCCGAACGCCUCCUUGGAAUCGCUGAAAAGCUGCUCCGGAGCAAAGACCUCAGCGGCUCCAAAGACUUCGCUAUUUUAGCCCAGGAAACCGAACCUCUUUUGGAAGGGCCUGAACAGAUCUUAGCCGUAGCCGAUGUCCUCUUAGCCGCCGACAAACGGGUCAACAACCACCAUGAUUGGUACGCCAUUCUCCAACUACCUCACCGCACCAACGACGCUGAGCUGAUCAAGAAGCAGUACCGGCGCCUCGCCCUCCUCCUCCACCCAGACAAGAACCGUUUCGCCUUCUCCGAGUCGGCUUUCGGGCUCGUGGCUGAUGCGUGGGCCGUUCUCUCUGAUCCCGGCAAGAAACCCAUGUUCGACAAUGAGUUCUCCCUUUUCACGAAGGUCGAUCUGGUGGCUAUGAAGAAACAGCCCACACAACAGCCACAGGGGCAGCAAUUUCAUCAGCAAAAGAAGCCGGAUCAAGGGAAUUUUCACCAGAAAUUGUCCGUCCGACGGAGUGCAAGGGGAGACGGUGGAAGUAGUGGUGGAACCCGAUCGAACAAUAGAAAAGGCGUCAAUAGUAGCAAUGCUGAUAAUGGUGGUGGUUUGGGAAGCGAUGGGUCGGGUACUUAUUGGACGGCAUGUCCUUACUGUUAUAACUUGUACGAGUAUCCUAGAUUGUAUGAUGGGUGUUGUUUCAGGUGCCAAAAUUGUAAGAGGGCAUUUACUGGAGCUGAAAUAUUGUCAAUGCCGCCUAUGGUGCCUGGAAAAGAGGCUUAUUAUUGCUGUUGGGGGUUCUUUCCAAUGGGAUUUGUGGCGGGGAAUUCUGAGGGUAGGAAGAGUGGAAGUGGCAAUGGGUAUCCCAAUUGGAUGCCACCCAUGUUUGGGUCGCAGGUGGAUGGUGCUGUGGCAACACCCGUGCCCACAACGGGUGGCAGUGUUCCGCGAAACACGAAUGUGACCCCGCCGCCGCCAACACCAACGCCCGUGCCCCUGGCUUCAACGGGAGCUAAAAAGAGGGGUAGACCAAGAAAGAAUGUGUAGGUAAUAGAAAUUGGAAGUUGAGCUAUAAUUUGGAAAGGAGGUGAAGGCCUGCGUCUUAUUUUUCUAUCCUUAAAAAUGGCUUCUGCUCAUAUAAGGUUAACUAUUUUGGGGAUUUUGAAAGGGUUGUAGUAGUAAUAAUUCUUAGUGCUAUUUUUAAUCUGUAGAAUUCUAAUGUUGUUUAUGUAGAUGGAUUUCUGUGAUAUAUAUGAACUUGAACUGGGCAGUCCAGCUCAUUUUCCUUAGCUAAA